UUACGUACCUAACGUACUACGUCUACCUACACUGUUUCUUUGUUUCUUUACACUUUAACUAAAUUUAAUUUAAAUAUACGAACAAAAAUGACAUCCAGUAGUUCUGACGAAGAACUUCUUAUUCUACUCGCAUUGAAGAACAAAAAGAAAAGGAGAAAAUGGGUGCACGAAAUUAAUGAAAAAAGAGAAGAAUUUGGCGAGUUUCACCACCUCUGCAAAGAACUGUCAACUUACGAAGACCGUUUUGUAAAUUAUUUUCGUAUGACUCGAGAACAAUUUGAGGAAAUACACGAACUCGUAUCACCGAGGAUAUCAAAACUUACGACAAACUGGAGAAAACCUAUUGGGACAAAAGAAAGGCUUGCAAUUUGUUUGAGAUAUUUGGCAACAGGAGAUUCACAUCAUACUAUAGGUUUUUCUUUCCGAGUCGGACGUACUACUGUUUCUAGCAUAGUGAAAGAAGUAUGUGUAGAGCUAUGGAAUGUUUUACAGCCUUUAUAUCUGGCUACACCUACAGAAGAAGUAUGGAAAAAUUCAGAAAUUGGAUUUAGAGAGCUUUGGAAUUUUCCCAACUGCAUAGGAAGCAUAGAUGGAAAACACGUGAGAAUAAAAUGUCCUCCUAAGACUGGGUCAAGUUUUUUUUGCUAUAAAAAUUUUUUUUCAAUAGUUUUGCUUGGCAUAGUAGAUCCUAACUACAAGUUUUUAAUUGUUGAUAUUGGUAGUUAUGGCCGUCAUAGUGACAGUAGUAUUUUUGAGAAUUCAUCCUUUUAUCGCGAGUUCAUACAGGGUAAAACUAUUUUACCACCUAAACCUUUACCUGGAACAACCACCCCAGUCCCACAUGUUUUCGUAGGUGACGAAGGUUUUAAACUAGAAACUUUUUUAAUGCGCCCCUUUCCGAGAGCUGUAGUUGCACAAAAUGAAGCUAAAAAAGUAUUCAAUAAGCGACUAAGCAGAGCACGACGUGUUGUCGAAAAUGCCUUUGGUAUUUUGGCACAAAAGUGGCGAGUCUUUUUUAGACCUAUUGAAUUAGAAGUAGAUACUGCAGAACAUGUUGUCAAGGCAGCUUGUUGUUUACACAAUUAUCUCCGAAGUACCUCUACAAUUGAAAACGAACCAGAAGAAGAAGACGCUAUUUCACCUACUAAUGUGUUUUCUAAUACAGAACGAAUAAGAGAGAGAUCAAGUAUUGCAGCUACUUCUGUUAGAGAGAACUUCGUAAAUUAUUUCAAUUAUUUACGUAAUGAAACUAUCGAUCAAUAG